AUGGACACAGUUUACCCGAUAUAUUCAUCGUUGGUAUCUUCAUUCCCGUAUCGUGCCUUUUCUGCUGGGUCAGCGGAGGCUGUCGCCGCUCGAAAUCUCGUCGUUUAUCAUUCUUCCAAAAUCUCUCGAGUCGCCGGAGAAGUCGAAGUAGACGUGGCACCGGAAACGAUGAAGAGAGAAGUAGUUUGUACCCUUCGUCCCCGCCGACUCUUCAAAUCCCAGCUGCUCAAAAGUGCCGACAGCCAUCGUCUUUCUCUCUUCCCGCUGUAUCUCACGACGUCAUUCUUGAAGAGAGCGAAUCUUCUGAUCAUGAAUGGAAAAAGGCUAAAAGGUGUCGAAAGAUAA